AUGCUGACUUCCUUUGGUGCCGACCCCAAUGGGGGGCCGAAAGCCCAAAAGACGCCUUUGCAGGUUGCCGCUGCGAAUGGAAAUCUCGACAGCCUGAAGCUUUUGCUUGACAACAAUGCCAUCGUGGACCUCAAUGGGCCCAACAAUGGCAGCGCUUUGUUCUCUGCAGUGCUGAACUGCCAGAGCAAUGCUGUUCGGUACCUCCUGGACAAGAACAGCAUGCCAGACCAGGUCGCGCUUCCCCGUGGCGGAGCAAAGUGCAAAAUCUCGCCAAUGCUGGCGCUCUUUGAUCGCGACCGGUCACAGCGCUGCGAAGGCAGCAGCUUGAACACCGUGAUCAGUGCGUUAGUGCAGGGCAAUGCCAGCUUUGCCGUUCCAGCUCAUGACGAUUGUGAGAACCAAACAGCAAUCAUGACCGCACUGGAGAGCAAGCAGGACAUCUCCGUUGUGGAGCAUCUACUGAGCUUGAAGGCGGACCCAAACCAAGCUGGACGUGACGGCUCGGGCGAACUUUUCAAGCCAUUUGAAUAUGCUUUCAUGCAAACAUCGUAUCUGGGAGCACCUCUUGCUGAGUUCUCCAAGAUCGCCAAGCUUCUACACAGCUACAAAGCCAGCGUGGAUGCGACCCUGGAUCAGGCAUAUACCCCUCUCAUGAUGGCGGCAGAGUACUGUGAAUCAGACCUUGUAAAGGUGCUGCUUGGGCUCAAUGCCGACCCAGACAAGCGGAACGAUGAUCAGAAGACGGCCGCAGAUUUGGCCUGCAGCAACUCUGAGGAGAAUGCCACUGUUGCUGAGAAUCUGAAGACCCUGCUGCGCUCUCAAGGCAAACGCGCUUAG